CUUUGUUGUGAGUCCAGGACAGCAGAGUUUGCUGCUCCCCACCAGCCUUGCAGAGUUUGGGCUGAUCACUAGUAAGGCAGCAGAAAGAGAAACUCGAUUCGAACUUUACCCAGAACCUUUGGUCUCCCCCUCUUCUCAAAUUAAGAAGGAGGGGGACCUUUACCUGUCCUCCGCUGCACCCCAAGGGCUCCCCUAUGAAGGCGACUUGCUGGAUCCUGGCAGGUUUUUACCUGCUUUUCUGCUGCAAGGCAGAAGAGGGACUGAACUUCCCCACUUAUGAUGGGAAAGACCGAGUGAUCGACCUGAACGAGAAGAACUACAAGCAGGCCCUGAAGAAGUAUGACAUGCUCUGCCUGCUCUUCCACGAGCCUGUAAGCUCUGACAAGGUCUCCCAGAAGCAGUUCCAGAUGACAGAGAUGGUCCUGGAGCUGGCGGCUCAGGUUCUGGAGCCCAGGAGCAUCGGCUUCGGGAUGGUGGACUCCAAGAAGGAUGCCAAACUUGCUAAAAAGCUAGGCUUGGUUGAAGAGGGAAGUCUCUAUGUCUUUAAGGAAGAGCGAUUGAUUGAAUUUGAUGGGGAACUGGCCACAGAUGUCUUGGUGGAAUUUCUCUUGGAUCUGCUAGAAGACCCCGUGGAGAUCAUAAACAGCAAGCUGGAGCUUCAAGCCUUUGACCAAAUCGACGAGGAAAUCAAACUAAUUGGCUACUUCAAAGGAGAAGACUCUGAACAUUACAAAGCAUUUGAAGAAGCUGCCGAACAUUUCCAGCCAUACAUCAAGUUCUUUGCCACCUUUGACAAAGGGGUUGCCAAGAAGCUAGGUCUGAAGAUGAAUGAGGUGGACUUCUAUGAACCAUUUAUGGAUGAGCCUGUUCACAUCCCUGAUAAGCCUUACACAGAAGAGGAGUUAGUGGAAUUUGUGAAGGAGCACAAAAGGGCCACCUUGAGGAAACUGCGCCCAGAGGACAUGUUUGAGACGUGGGAGGAUGACAUGGAGGGAAUCCACAUUGUGGCCUUCGCCGAAGAAGAUGACCCAGAUGGUUUUGAGUUCCUGGAAAUCCUGAAGCAGGUUGCCAGGGACAACACCGAUAAUCCUGACCUGAGCAUUGUCUGGAUUGACCCCGACGACUUUCCUCUGCUGAUCACUUACUGGGAGAAGACCUUCAAGAUCGACCUGUUCAGACCACAGAUCGGGGUGGUGAAUGUCACAGACGCUGACAGCAUCUGGAUGGAGAUCAGAGACGACGAUGACCUGCCCACUGCCGAGGAGCUGGAGGACUGGAUAGAGGAUGUGCUUUCUGGGAAGAUAAAUACCGAAGAUGACGAUGACGAUGAUGACGAUGAUGACGACGACGACGACGACGAUGAUGAUGAUGACGAUGAUGACGACGAUGACGAUGAUGAUGACGACGACGACUAACCGUGACCCUGUGCAGUUUGACUUGUGGGGGCUGAGAGGCCUCCCCCCCCCCGGCAGGGCCCCCCACCGCCACCGCUCCCCCGGCUCCUGCCCUUGCCAAGACCCCCCGGCCUGAUUCUCAGCGGUGCUGAGCCACCGGGACUGCCCUUGCGGCGGGCGGGCGGCGCCUGCAGGCACCCAGCACCGCUGUAAAUCAUGCCCCCUUAGUAAGGACAAUAGGAAUCUGCAGGGAAUCUGCCCCCAGUGCCCCAGGGCAGGAGGAAAGUCCCUGCCUGCUCACUGCCAGAGGGACGCAGGGAGCCAAUUUGUAUUUUCCGUGCUCAUCGGCCCAGCACUUACAUCCAAAGACCAAAUCUCACUUCAAGACAUAGGGAAGGCCACUGUAAAGUUUAGUCCUUUUAUUAAACACAAUGCCCUUUGCAGCUACUCUGCCAAGACCAUUCAAUCCUGCAAGUUCUGCUGCGAGAGUCUAUAGCUACUCAUUAACAUGCUAGGAGCAGCAAAAAGCUUUGGGAGGGGAGGAAGGUUUUUGGGAUGCUAUUAAAGUUUUCAAUGAUUCCAUAUAAUGACAGGAUAUUCUUGUCUGGCAGAGCAAUGCAAAACCAAACACCAUGGUCCCUGUCUGAAUGUUUUUCUUCUUGAAAGCUCAGGCAAAAUAUAGAGUAAGUGUAGGUGGUCUGAUAUGGG